AUGGAGCAUCGAGAAGAUGGUUUGAAGAAGAGGUACGAAACCUCAAACCCUGAAUUCUGCAUGAACUUUCAUCGAAUAGGCAUGGCGCUCAACUGUUACUGUUAUAAUGCUGCUAUUCAUGGAUUUUGUAAUAUAGGUGAGCCCGAAAUAGCUAUGCAAGUUUUGACGGAGAUGAAGAGCUGUGGAAUUAACCCUGAUACACACAGCUAUAGUAUAUUGGUUGAAGGGUUUUGCAGACGCGGAAAUAUUGAGAGAGGUGACAUAGACAUUGCCAAUAAACUUUUGGAAGAAAUGAUCAACAAUAAGUUGGCUCCUAAUGCUUCGAGUUAUGAGAGCUUGAUUCACGGAUAUAGUAAAAAUGGUUCCUCUGAGAAAGCCUUGGAAGUUUUUCAAUACUAUGAUAGAAGACAAUAUUUUGCCAAAUAUUGCUACCUACAACUUGAUCGUAAAUAG